AAAUUCUCCGUAAUUCCUUCCGAUUUGUUCACAUUAACAAAAUUUCAGUGUACAGAAAAGAUACAAAACAAAAAAAUAUGAAUACUAAUUAUGGUUGCCUUGUACCCAAGAUCGUCGAUAUGGGCAAAUGGGAGUCGAAUAAAAUUAGACACUACAGCUCCUUGCCACGCAUUCGGAAGCAGUUGCGCAGGGGAAACUGGAAUUACAUACAGGAACAUCCCGAGAUACGCGCCAUUAUACGUGUUAUAUUGCACCAUGUCAUCAACGAAAAUCCCGAUAAUGUUCGAGAGUGUAUAGGUGACUUCUUCAACUGCCGUCGUACACCAUUGCUGGUGCCCAUGAUAAACACGCAACUGAAGUACGUAAAUGAGCAGCUGAAACGCGGACGUUGGAGCAAGUUUGAUGCUGAAUCGCUGUUCAUGGAAAGCCCGUCCACUCAUUCGCUGCUGUCGACAGCAUCUACUGAUGUCAAUGUCCAUCCCGUGCUCACCUACGCACUGGUGUUCAAGAAACCCGAUGAAUGCGGCAUAGACAAGCCUCCUUACUAAUUACUAACCCAACAAUCACUGAUACUAUUUUUAAGGCUCUGAAUACAUUUGAUUUGUGUUUGCUUUUUGGUAAUGUUCUAUAAUAAAGCUAUAUAUAACGAUC